AUGUCCGUCGGUCGUGUUUUGGGUGGAGAUCACUGGCAGUCGGCGCAAAAGGAAAUUCAACAAAGACUUGGCAAUUAUUAUCGGCACAUAAGGGAAUCCGCAUGGAGUUCGCUACCCGAACUGACCAACUCGAAUGGCAGUAAUUGUGGAGGAAGUUGUUUAGCUCAGGCAUGGUCCGUUGGCUGUGUCCUUGAUGCAUGCCUCUACUUCACGGAACUGACAGCAGAGUCUAACUAA